CGUCGUGUGAGCUCCCUCUCAUAUCAAUGAAUACUCUUUCACCACAAAUAUAAUAAUCCUGUGUCUUCCUCUACAAAGUUUGUGCAAGGUCAUUCUGAUCUGAGCGUUGUUCUCUGAAAGCUUGAGAGGAUAGAUCAUAUUCAGCUUUCUUUCUCUUAACUCAACCUUUCAGAUCUAACAUGGCAUCAUUGCUUAAAGACAUCCUCUCCGUUCAAGAGCGAUUCAACAACGAUAAAGUGCAUGUCUUUGUUGAGAAGUACUGGCACUGGUCCAUCUACAUAUCGUGUGUUUAUGUGGUGACCGUAUUUGCUCUAAAGGCAUGGAUGGAGAAUAGGAGGAAGUAUGAUUUAAGGACGCCAUUGCUUCUCUGGAGUUCACUUUUGGCGCUCUUCAGCAUUUAUGGCUUUUGGAUGAAUGGUAUUGAUCACAUGAAGCAUCUAUGGCAGAAUGGUUGGGAAAAGAGUAUCUGUGAGUCCACGAUGAUCGACGGUGCCAAGGGGUUGUGGUCCUUCUUAUUCUGUUUCUCGAAAGCACCGGAGCUGAUGGAUACCUAUUUCAUUGUGUUGCGAAAGCAGAAAUUGAUUUUCCUUCAUUGGUAUCACCACAUCACCGUGUUCGUGUAUUGCUGGUUCCAUUACAGUCGACAGAUUCAUGCUGCUCAAUGGUUCAUCGUUAUGAACUACUUCGUCCACGCCGUGAUGUAUUCAUACUAUGCUGUGCGUGCAUCCGGUCGAUAUCGACCUCCAGUCUGGGUCAACAUGUUCAUAACACUUCUACAGCUGAUGCAGAUGUUUGUCGGCGUUGCAAUUAAUCUCUUCGUUUACUAUCAAAUGACCACUGAUCCGAAUUGGAACUGCGAUGGAAAAAUCGAAACUACCUAUCUCUACGUGUAUUGGUCGUUCCUGAUGUACUUCAGUUAUUUAUUGCUUUUUGCCCAUUUCUUUUAUGGUGCAUAUAUCUCAAGGAAGUCACGGUCUAAAGGAACGAAACAAUCCGCUGAUGCAAUCAAGAGUGGCGUCAAUGGGUCACAAAACGGACACUUCCAGCAUGCAAAAGGCGUCACAACUGUUGACAAGAUAAAUGGACAUUUGUCUAAUGGGAAUUCGAUAGAUAAUGAACCAGAACUAAGACGACGAAUGCUCAGGCAGCAUUGAGAGAUGUAUUUUAUUUUUCUAUCUGUUUUUGUUGUUGCUCUUUACUACUUAAUUAGAAUAAUUAUGUGAAAGUUUCAGUGCAUGUCUUUUUUCAAGAGAUAAAAGUUGAGGAAAUGGAACUAGCCAA